GGCUGGCCUCGCUAGCAGCCUGCAGGCCGUGGGGUCACACGCGUCCUUCUCCCGCACGGGCCCGCGCGCGGCCCUGGCCGCGACCGGAAGCAGCGUGGGCGAAGCUGGGAGCGGGGCUCGCGGGGCGCUGCGGCGGGCGGCCCUUUGCGGGGGACGGGGAACUGAGACCCUGAGGCCGGGCCCCGCGCGUGCACCGCCCCGGGCCGCCGCUGCCGGUGCUGUUUUACUCGGCACUUGGGAGGACCUAACUCCUCGGUUAGGUACGGCCUAGCCCCAACAUAGGAGGGUAAAAAACUCAAACGUGUUGGUGCCAGCUCUGUGCGUUCCCACAGGGAGCCAAGAAGGCGAAAUAAAACAAGCACAUGACCAUUGCGAGACUCUGGAACCCCUGCCUAAGGUUUUGUUGUGUCUCUACAUCUCUUCAUCGCCAGAUUUCUUGAAGGAGUAACAUCACUGCCAACCACUUCGUGUCUCUGCAGUUCAUUCACAUACUCCUCUGAUUUCUACGAACUUCCAAGGCCAAGUCUGUACCUCUUGUGGUGAUGGUAUGAACUACCCACUAUCUUUACAAUCUCUUUUUUUGCUUACAUCAGCCUCAGAAGAGAACAGUCACCACACUCAUGGCAGGGAUUUUGCGCUCAAUAGUUCAGAGGCCCCCAGGCAGACACCAAACUGUGACAAAAGGUGUGGAGUCUCUUAUUUGCACGGAUUGGAUUCGUCACAAAUUUACCAAGUCAAGAAUUCCAGAUAAAGUAUUUCAGCCUUCACCUGCAGAUCAUGAAAAAUAUGGUGGGGAUCCACAGCACCCUCAUAAACUGCAUAUUGUUACCAGAAUAAAAAGUACAAAAAGACGUCCAUAUUGGGAAAAAGAUAUAAUAAAGAUGCUUGGAUUAGAAAAAGCACAUACUCCUCAAGUUCACAAGAAUAUCCCUUCAGUGAACGCAAAACUGAAAGUGGUUAAACAUUUGAUAAGGAUCAAGCCCCUGAAGUUGCCCCAAGGACUUCCAGCAGAGGAGGACAUGUCUAACACGUGCCUCAAGAGCACUGGGGAAUUAGUGGUGCAGUGGCAUCUAAACCCCAUAGACCAGGAAGCAGUUAAGUCCUAAGGCCAGAGCAGUUUCAUAUUAAAAAAUGCAAAUCAUUUUUAUUUAAAGGUAGUGAGAAAGUGUUCUCAUUAAAAUAUAUUUUAAAUACUA